AAUUUAGCGGAUGUUUAUCAUGGAGCAGAGUGAAACCUGAAGUCGGCAUUUAGCUACCAUGGUUAAAUGGUUGAUGAUGAUUGAUGGGGACAUGCCCUUCAUCUCUACAUGAAAUUCCAGCUCAUUCAAGCCUGCUCAUUCUAAAGAAGAUCUAAAAAUGUGAUCGUAUGGGGAGUGGAGGAGUAUAUACCGAAAUUAAGAUAAAAGCCCAUUAGCCGUGCAGGGGUGGCUCGUGGAGCGAUGGGUGACCAGUGGAAUUCAUGCCUUCACCCUUCAAAGCUAUCCGGCUAACCCCAACUGCUUUACGAACUACUGCUACCCUCUGAAAUCAAUUUAUUCUCAUCAUGGCAAAGCAUCCCCAGGUGUUCCAACCUAAGAUAAUCGUUCACCAAUCGGGAAUGAGUGCAGGUCUCUACACCCCUUCUUCGCCCUACAGCGCCUUCUCGCCAACCAAGGCCAAAUCGUCCUAUUCAUCCUCACCCCGUUCAACAUACUCGUCCCUGUGCCGCGGAACAACUGGAAUCAGCAGUUACACCUCCUCCAUAUCCAACACUCAAUCCAACGUCCAAGCUUCCAACACUCUACUCCACGAGUACUACUAUCAGGCGUUCAGGACCGGAUUCCCGUCUUUGUUGGACCAAUGUCACCCAUUUAGUGAGAGAAAGAGCAGCACUAAGAGAUUCGUCUGCAACUAUCACGGAUGUGGAAAAAUGUUCGGAAGAAAUGAGGAAAAGACUCGACAUGAGAAGAUACACAGUGGAGUUAAACCUUACGCCUGUGAACUCUGUAGUAAACGGUUUGGAAGGAAGGAUCACCUGACCCAGCACAUGAGGACCCACAACAGAGGUCGAAGGGAAGAAGGAAGACGGGACGAGAAUGACAAGAACAGCAGAAACCAGCAGAACAACAAGAACAACAAGAACGCCCGGAUCUGAAGAAACAUAGCGCCGCUAAGACUGUGCCUGCUUUAGCUCCAACUCUAGUGUACUGAUACGUGUGUGCAAUAUAACUCGCCCUUUCAGGGACGUAUGUGUGCCAGACAACAGAUUUAUAACUGCAAGUGACUAUUUAUGCGUUAAUACCGAUAUGCAUCUGUGUGUAAUAGCAAUAAGUACCGCAUUUGUGUGCGAUUAAGCAUUUGUGUCGCACAAUAUGGCGUGUGCUGCUCACAUCUGAGCGAUAAGACUGAAAUGAGAUCGCUUAGAAUAUAGGAUUGCGAGUAAUUUAUGAUUAAAGUUAACUUAAAGUGCGUAAGGACACUGUUUUAAUUAUUUAAAUGUAUCUUAUUAAUAUUAAUAGCUAAAUAUUUAACGAUUAAUAGUAAAUAGGUAUACAGAUUUUCAAAAUUUAGCUUCGAGUUUAAAAAUUUUCGCUCAUUUUCGCUGUAAAAUAAAUUUAGAGCUAGUAAAAUAUAUUUAGAGCUAGAGUAGGAGCAAAUGUUACGCCCUUUCUCAAACUUAUAGUUUUCUAUCUUAAUUUUUUAUCUUUCCUUUCAAAAGAUGAAGAGUCUAACAGGAUUUGAGUUUCUAUUUUAUCGAGUUCUUUACGGCUUAAUAUUAGUGGUCCAGCGUACAACUCCUUUUUUUAAUAUGGAGAGGUUAAUUGUUAAAAGUUGAUUGAGUGGUGAUUGGCAGUAAGAAUUAUAGUUCAACCUUAGUUUAAUGCUUAACAACACUAUAAUCUUCAUCAUGCUUUGUUCAUGUCGACCUAU